AUGGUAGAUUACAUUAAACCAUCCUUGCGUUUACAACCUGCCCAUAUUGUUAUCCACGUUGGGACCAACGAUUUGAAAUCAAGUGAGGUGAAAACCCUAACUGAAAACAUAUCCAAGCUCUGUGAUGAGAUCUAUAACUUCAAUCUCAAGAUCGACAUCACACUUUCGCAAAUAAUAACUAGAACUGAUAGCCCUGGCAUUAACGAAAAGGUCGCCCAACUGAAUAACCUACUAAAGGAUCUCUGUGAAGCAAGAAACUUGGGUAUAAUAAGCCAUGAAAAUAUCGAUGAAAGAGGCCUAGACAGAUUUGGCCUCUGCACCUUAAUAGGUCAGGUAGUGGUAUCAUGGCAAGAAACUUAA